UUACUCUAUUUUAGUGCUUGCCUGUGUGUUUCUCUGUGGGUUUACGAGCUGCUGACAGACACCUGACUGGACAAACUGCAACUCAUAAGUGGAGUGAGCUACUGUAUAUAAGGACGGCUGUCUGGCACAGCGCAGCAUUGCCUGCGGGUGGUUUUACCUCACACAUCACUGCACACGUCUGACGAGGAGGCAGUCGGGAUGAAACUGCUGCUGAUCGCCGCUGCCGCUCUGGCCGUUGCCAGCUGUGCAAGCAUCUCUCUGGAAGACCUGGAGUUCCACGCCUGGAAGCUCAAAUACGGAAAGUCCUACAACUCUCCGUUGGAGGAAGCCAACCGCAGGCAAAUCUGGAUCACCAACCGACGCCUGGUCCUGGUGCACAACAUCAUGGCUGAUCAGGGCAUCAAGUCCUACCGCCUUGGCAUGACCUUCUUUGCUGACUUGGAAAACGAGGAGUACAAGCGUCUGAUUUCCCAGGGCUGCCUGGGCUCCUUCAACGCCUCUCUGCCUCGCAGUGGCUCCGCCUUCCUCCGGCUGCCUGCAGGCAACGACCUGCCCGCCAGCGUGGACUGGAGGCAGAAGGGCUACGUCACCGGCGUCAAGGACCAGAAGCAGUGCGGCUCCUGCUGGGCCUUCAGCGCGACGGGCUCGCUGGAGGGUCAGACCUUCAGGAAGACGGGGGAGCUGGUGUCCCUGAGCGAGCAGCAGCUGGUGGACUGCUCUGGGGAGUACGGCAACAUGGGCUGCAUGGGAGGCCUGAUGGACCAGGCCUUCCAGUACAUCAAGGCCACCGGGGGAAUCGACACAGAAGAAUCCUACCCUUAUGAAGCCGAGGAUGGAAAGUGCAGGUACAACGCCGCCAAUGUCGGCGCUAAGUGCACCGGCUACGUUGAUGUAACUGUAGGUGACGAGGACGCGCUCAAGGAGGCUGUGGCCACCGUCGGGCCCGUGUCCGUAGGCAUCGACGCUUCCCAGCCCUCCUUCCAGCUCUAUCAAUCAGGUGUGUACAAUGAGCUAGACUGCAGCAGCACAGAGCUGGACCACGGCGUCCUGGCUGUGGGCUACGGCACCAGCAACGGACAGGACUACUGGCUGGUCAAGAACAGCUGGGGUCUACAAUGGGGAGAAGAGGGGUACAUCAUGAUGUCCAGGAACAAGCACAACCAGUGUGGCAUCGCUACAGCAGCCAGCUACCCACUGGUCUGAACAGGGUCCGGCUCCUUCCUCAGCGCCACCGAGAACAGCCACUCGUAAAUUACUUUAAUUCCAUGAGGAAACCGAGUUAUGAAACAAAACGUUCCACCGAUGCUGGAAUUCUCGGGCCUCUGCGUUCCCUGGGGCACUUUUAAUAGAAUCACAUUUUAUGGAGAUUGUAAAUAAAUGUAAAGGAAUAAAAGGUUUUACACUGAAAUAUAAAA